AUGGAUUUUCCGGGAGGGAGCGGGCGGCCGCACCAGCAUCAGCAGCACCACCACCAGCCGCUGCCGCCGAUGACGCCGCUGCCGCUGACGCGCCAGGGGUCGUCGGUCUACUCGCUCACGUUCGACGAGUUCCAGAGCGCGCUCGGCGGGCCGGGCAAGGACUUCGGGUCCAUGAACAUGGACGAGCUCCUCCGCAACAUCUGGACGGCCGAGGAGUCGCAGGCCAUCGGCGCCGGCCCCAACGCCGCGGCCUCCUCCUCCGCCGCGGCGGGGCAGGACCACGGCGGCAUCCAGCGCCAGGGCUCGCUCACGCUGCCCCGGACGCUCAGCCAGAAGACCGUCGACGAGGUCUGGCGCGACAUGAUGUUCUUCGGAGGACCCUCCGCCUCCGCCUCCGCCGCCGCCGAGGCUCCCCCGCCGGCCCAGAGGCAGCAGACGCUCGGGGAGGUCACUCUCGAGGAGUUCCUCGUGCGCGCCGGCGUCGUGCGCGAGGACAUGCCGGGGCCGCCGCCGCCCGUCUCGCCGGCCCCCGUGGCCCAGGCGCCGCCUCCGCAGCCACAGAUGCUGUUCCCUCAGAGCAACAUGUUUGCUCCGAUGGUGAAUCCUCUGUCCUUGGCCAAUGGGUUGAUGACCGGAGCAUACGGCCAGGGAGGAGGAGGUGGUGGUGGUGGUGCGGCCGCUAUGGUUUCGCCGUCGCCGACGGGGAGGCCGGUCAUGUCCAACGGCUACGGCAAGAUGGAAGGCCUCAACUUGUCCUCGCUGUCGCCACCACCGAUGCCGUAUGUUUUUAGCGGCGGGCUGAGGGGGAGGAAGCCACCGGCCAUGGAGAAAGUGGUCGAGAGGAGGCAGCGGCGGAUGAUCAAGAACCGGGAGUCUGCGGCGAGGUCGCGCCAGAGGAAACAGAGUUAUAUGAUGGAAUUGGAGACUGAGGUGGCAAAACUUAAAGAGCGGAAUGAGGAGUUGCAGAGAAAACAGGCGGAGAUGCUAGAGAGGCAAAAGAAUGAGGUAUUCGAGAAGGUUACCCGGCAAGCUGGACCGACGUCGAAGAGGAUCUGCCUGCGGAGGACGCUGACGGGCCCUUGGUAAGCCGAAGGCCUGUAAACUAGAGCGCACUACUUUCGACGCCGCGCGGUUUAUAUACAUACAGUAGAUGAAUUUCAGAAUCGCCAGGAGUUGCGCUUGUAGAGCAGCCACUGAUCCGAUGCUUCAGAGCUCAGGCUCCUAGGCCGAUAGACUGCCGGCGAUCUUCACUUCAUAGGUUUUUAGCCGUCCGCGUGCCGUUCCGUGUGAGUAGAGAGCAUUUGUAUGUAAAAAUCUACUUAACCAUGUGUUGGUGUGAUGCUGCAUUAGAACUACAUUUCUAUUUUUUUACUGUUUCGAGGACUCAUUACACAACCAUGUUAGAAAUGAGUUUGUACUCUUCAUAAACCGAUGCCUGGUCGGCUUGUAAAGCAGAACUAUUUGCGCAUCUGUAGAUGAUUUUCUUCCA